UAGGACCUCGAUGCGUGUUUUCGAAUAAAGUGGACGAUCCGUUGGUGUUGUUGCGUGUUGUUCGUAAUCAACCUCCUCUCCAAACUAGCAUUCUGUCUAUCAGCGUUUCUUCUCCUGAUACGCUGAACAACGUCGUUCUAAACAGCUCACCUUAUCUCAGGUGCGUCGUGAUAGUGGCUUUUAAACGGUGUAACAGAUAGUGUGUAUUAAUUUGUUCCCUCCAAAAAUGCGAAACAAUAAUGUUACGUGCGUCAACAGCACCAGCAGCAGCAGCAGCAACAUCCGCAGUGGCUGACGGUGCGAAAGCGAUCGCUAGGAGGAGAUAAUUCCAAUCCGCGUCUCGGUACAAUCGACUACCGGUGUUGUGAUCGUGGCCAGCUGGCCGCGUUGUUGAUCGUCCGUGGGGUCGCUUUACCGAUGGAGCUGUGAUUUACAGUUGCCGCGGUGUAGCUGAGUGUGUGUGUGUUUGUGUGUAUGUGUGAUCAUCCAUCGAUCUUGCGUUGUUAAGAGCUGAUCGCGCAAUUGUCUCCCGCAAGUGUGCUUAUCUCCAGCAUCGCCGUGCCAUAAGCAUCAACACCAAGCAACAAGCUCGAGAGCCCAGAGAGAACCUUCACACGCCGCUGUUGGAGUAAAUCAAUAAAUCCCCUGCGGCCACUGGUGGUGAAGAUCACCAAAGAAUCAUCGCCCCUCCACGCCGUAUGAUUAGAAGCUCGUAGCACUCGAACGAACAUACCACCCUAAGGGCCACUAGUCUGUUUGGUGAUAAGGGCUAACGAACGCCAUCUUCAACGACUUCUACGCGGUGAUCCCGCGGUAGGCAACAAACCACGACGAGGUCGGGGGCUGAGGUUGAUUUUGGGGGGCGCUUCAACGUAGGUUGAAUGACUCCUCCGUCCCGAGUCUUCGUCGUCUUUAGCUGCAAUAUCGUGCAAUAUCGUAUCGUAUCGUGAAAGCUAAGGGAGUUGGAGUUGGAAAUAAAUAAUUCAAAAACCAACCGACCCAACCUGUGCUAGGACGGUUAAGUGCCCCAACCGCGCCGAGAAUCGUCUCGCAUUUUAAUUCUUCCGGUCUGUGCGCGCGCGCGCUCGCAAUGUUAUCACCCUCCCAGUUCCAAUCUUCGAGCGGUUUGUGAAAGAUGGUGGUCACUUAUAAAUUAUCCAUUAAUAGAGGUGUAAUGAAGCAAUAACAGGUCCGCUCCCUCGCGAGAGUGAGCACAGAUCGUGUGUGUGUGUGUAUCGGUCUGUUGUGUAAGUGCGUGCGUAUGUGUGCGUCUGUGUACGUGUGUCGAGCAAGAGGUCAAGCAAGAGCUUGAAGAAGGUCCAGAAUCAGUUUUACUUUCCGACAAACCGUGCCGCAACCGUUGGUCUGUUGCUCAGUGAUCCGAGGCGGCCAGCCACCACCACAGAGAAGAGAACCUCCGAAGAUCCGAGGUGGUAAAUUAGAAAAUAUUGCUUCGUGUUAGCGGUGCCCUCCUCCUCCGUUUCUACGACCUGCUCGGUCCGGUCUUGGUUGCUGCUGCUGUUGUGGUUGCUUCUGGUGGCUAGGAGCCCCCGGGAGAUAGGAGGAGUGGUAGAGUUGUAGCAGGGCGUGUUGUAUCGGGCUGGAAGGGAUUAAUUUUCCUCCCGGCAAGCCCGGCCCGAUGCUGGUCACGAUGGCCAGACAGACAUCAUCACCACCGAGUGGCCAGUUCCCAGUUCCUACGCACAGAAUGGUGCUCUUGCCGUUGCUGGUGUUGGUUGUUGCCGUUGUUUCUGCCACUGUCGGGACACCAGAUGUGCGGGACGAUCGAAGAUUCAUAUCCCACAAAGAUCUACUCGUGACUGCCAACCGCUACACGGACCCGAAUGUGACGUCCUACUCCCGGAUGCUGAUCGACGUCGCCGGUGACCAGCUGUUGGUUGGUGCAAGAGAUAACUUGUUCCGAUUCUCGCUCCGUCUCGAUGUCAUCGAGCGUGUGGCAUGGGAUGUACCGCCCUACUUGCGUGCGCUCUGUCUGGCCAAGGGCCAAACGGAGGAGAACUGCCGAAACUACGUCAUGGUGCUGCAGAGCUUCGGUAAUCAGGUGUACGUGUGCGGUACGCACGGCUUCAGCCCUCGCUGUACGAUGCGCCAGAUGGAGGACCUUUCGUCGGUGCACCGAGAUGACGAUGGUGUGGCCAAAUGUCCGUACAAUCCACACGCCAACAUGACCGCCCUAAUGUCCGAGACCGGCCAACUGUUCGUUGGUUCGGUAACGGAUUUUUCCGGUUCCGAUUCGGCCAUCCUGCGCUCGGACAUUACGCAGAACAGCUCGCGUAUCCUGCGUACCGUCCAGUACAAUUCACUCCUGCUGAAUGAUCCUCAGUUCGUGGGAAGCUUCGAGCAUGGCGGAUUCAUCUACUUCGUGCUGCGUGAGGCCGCCGUCGAGUACAUGAACUGUGGUAAGAUCGUGUACUCGCGCAUUGCACGUGUGUGUAAGAACGAUCCCGGUGGUACGUACGGUAUCCUGAGAGAUAACUGGACAUCGUUUGUGAAGGCACGGCUCAACUGCUCACUGCCGGGAAAUUAUCCGUUCUAUUACAACGAGGUCCAGGGAAUGGUGUACUCCCAUGAUGAGGGUGUCCUGUACGCCACCUUCACUACACCCGAGAACAGCAUCCACGGAUCGGCCAUCUGUGCCUACAACAUGUCCGCCAUACAGGCCGCCUUCGAAGGUGCGUUCAAGCAUCAGGAUGCAUCGGGAUCAGCGUGGAAGGCACAAGAGGUCACCAAUCGGGACCAUUACGAGUGCCGUGGUACGAGUAGCUCGGGCCGGCACAUGUCACUGAUCGAAUCGUCCAAGUAUCAGCUGAUGGAUCAAGCCGUUCAGCCACUGAUGGGCCGCCCGUUGCAUCAUGCGGAGCUCGAACGCUUCAGUCACAUUGCGAUCGACAUUAUACCGACGAAGCUGCACGAACGUGUCCACAUCAUGUACGUGGCGACGGAUGCUGGACGUAUCAAGAAGGUGACGGUGCUGCCCCGUACGAAAGAGACAUGCGUGAUCGAAAUCUGGCAACCGGAGGCACAUCCCGAUACCCGCAUCCGUACACUGCAGUACGUUAAAGAUACCGAGUCCUUAUACGUCGGUACGGAUUUGGCGCUGAUGCGAAUCCCGUCGAACCACUGUGGACGCCAUUUGUCACGCAGCAGUUGCCUCAACUCGAUGGAUCCGUACUGCGGAUGGAACGAGCUACAGGAAGCGUGUACCGUCGCACCGAACGGGGAUACGCUGGCCAAGUACUGGGUACAGAAUGCGACCGAAUGCCCGGUACUGACCGCACCGGUCGAUGGUGGUUGGUCGGCGUGGUCCGAGUGGUUCAAGUGUGCCCAGGCGAACGGCCAACAACCGAUGCCAAUCGGUGUCGGGGAAGAUUUUGCCCCCAACACCGACACCUGCCUCUGCCGGACACGAUCCUGUAACAAUCCACCACCGAAGAACGGUGGACAGGGUUGCACGGGGAUGCACAUUGCCGUCACCAACUGUACCGUGCACGGUGGUUGGACCGAAUGGUCCGCAUGGUCCGCAUGCUCGCAAACCUGUGGUAUGGCGGUGAAAACACGACGCCGUACCUGUGGUAACCCGAAACCCGCUCACGGUGGACGUGUUUGUGUGGGUCCGGAUCGGGCCGAGAUCUACUGUUCCCAUCUACCGCCCUGUCCGGCACCGAAACAACCACCGAUCGAUGGUGGUUGGGGUCCGUACGGGGAUUUCGGCGAGUGCAGUGCCAUCUGUGGUGGUGGAUUCCGGAUACGCCGCCGCAAAUGUGACAAUCCCGUACCGCAGAAUGGUGGUAUGGACUGUUCGGGAUGUCACUUUGAUUACGAAGUGUGCAAUACGCAACCGUGCCCGGACGUGCGGAAGGCCGGUACCUGGACGCCCUGGUUGACGGUAGCGAACGGGACGGUUCCGAAUGGUGGCUACGUGGAGAAGCGGUUCCGCUUCACCUGUAAGGCACCGAUUGCGGACUCGGCGCUGCUGAAGAUCACACCGAAGGAGGAGGUACGGGUGUGUCAGGCCGAUGGUUCCUGUCAGCGAUCGAUCGAUCCGAACGGUGGACACUCGGCCACUGGGCUGGCCGGUGAGGAUGGAGAGGAUGGUUGGGGUGAGUGGAGCUCCUGGAGUCCGUGCAGUGCCUCGUGCGGUGGAGGCUAUCAGUACCGGACACGCUCCUGCGAGAAGCUCGACUGCGUGGGCUUCAACAAGACGAAGCGGGCUUGCAAUACGCACCCAUGCAAAGGUGAAUGGGGAUGCUGGACCGAUUGGACACCGUGCUCGGUUAGCUGCGGUACUGGAACGAGAUCGCGCAGCCGCCAGUGCCUCUCGAUGGCCGGUAGCGUCACGUUGGAGAACGAUUGCGAGGGCAAGAGCCUGCAGUACGAAGCCUGUGAGAUGCCCAGUUGUGAUUCAUUCCUCGGUUGGGGCGAAUGGAGCGAAUGGUCGGCGUGUAAUGCGGAUAAUGAGAAGAGCCGGACGCGUAUAUGUCUGCUACCCAACACCGUCUCAUCCAACGGUGAGCUGACGUGCCAGGGAAGCGAUCGUGAGAUCCGCGCGUGCAGCAUCGCACUCAAUAAUGAUGUUCCACAGCCACAGACGGCCGGCGUAACGGCGGCAUCCGUUGCAACGGUUGCGAUCGCCAUCCUGCUCACUCUGCUCCUGUGCUGCCCGCUCAGUAUCAUCGCUACGCUACAGUACAUGAAGCGCAAGCAGAAGGGCCUGAAGGCGAUUCAGGGUUCACCGUGCUACGGUUCCUACCCGAACCAGUACUCUUCGCUACCGACCAAGGAUGUAAGUCGGCAUGCGAUGGUGACACCGGUGGCACGAUCGCCCCCCCUUCUUACCGCUGCUGAUGCUGAUGUCGUCUCCCAUCCCAUUUCGUUGCAGUACACGGAUGGUAGCCACCACAAACCGAAGCGACAGUCCUCGUUCAAGGGACCGCGGAACGAUGCGAGCGGUUCCAAGCUGGCCAACGGUAACGGGACGCUGGUGAAAUCGAUCAACGUGAACGGGGGUGCGAUCGGUAACAAUACGCCCAAAAUUCUGGCCAAAUCGUUCAACGAAACGGAUACGGCCACGAUCAAGCGCAAUUCGCACGGGCCCAACAACAUCCGCCAUGCGCGUCAGCUCGAGAUGGACGAGGACAAGUACUGACAUCGGCAGCGACCGUUGGGGACGUUGCCAGCCGACGAUGACAUGCCGCGCGAUCUGUGAGAUCGGUGCCAAGGAGUGAGGAGAAACCUAGUAUUAGAAAAUGUCUCAACAACAGUAAACGAAGGGAACGUUGAGAAGGAUAUAGCGAAAGCUUGCAAUGCCGCUGUGUGCCAUUAGUGUGUGUAUGUGUGUCUGUGUGUUAAGUGUGAGUGCGAAAUUCAUGCGAUCGUCAAUCAAAAAGGAAGGGUUGAAAGAGCAUAAUCAAAUGAUCAUCAUGGGGGAGAGUAGGCGAUAGUACGGAGUAGAUGAUUAUUGUUUUAAUUUUAGGCAAGAUAAAGGCGCAUUUGUUGAGUUUUCGAAUUUUGUCAAGCGUUUUAGAGAGGUGGAGAAGGACGGUGGAAGACACUUCCGGUGCCUGCUAGAUGUUAGUGUUGUAGUGCGUAAGGGAUGCGCCCCAUGGUAGUGGUCAACUGCUGAAUGCGAUAAAGCGAUAAAAGACACAUGAUGAUGCUGUGAGGUGGGACUCCACCAGGAGGGCCCAACACAGCGCCCAUGCGUAGCUCAUAUUGAGCUGUUAAGUGUUAAGGAAAAACGCAUUUUAACAUAUAUUUUAUGGCGACAAAAAAAGGUAUGUGACACAAAUCAGAGAGGCGCUUCGGUGCGACAAACCGAGCGGCGAGACAAUACUUUUAGGCCAAACAGUCAUCGAUAAGACUUUACGUGUGAAGGAGGCUCUCUGUGGAAGGAGCAAGACAAUGUUAACGACGACGACGACGAGGAGGAAGAAGAGGAGGGAUACUUAGGGCCUUUUUGCGUAGUAGCGCUCAGUGGUUAGUGAGACGGAGCAGCAGUUCAUUAGGCAUAAGCAGCGAACGUAACGAAUUUUAAAUGUAAGCGCGUAAACUUUGUUAACAACGAGCGAACGGGAAGCUUAUUUGUAGCUACUGUUACUUCAAAUCGAAUGCGUGUGGAAAGUUUCGGAAAUAAAGACUAAAAUGAUUUUUUAAAC